CAAAAAAGGUGUAUCAAACUAUUUUAUUCCUGCUUCCCGUACCUAGUAAAAGAAAGCUUCUAAAGAAAGCUAGCUUUCUAGUAAAAGUAAAAACGAAAAGUUAUAGUUUGAUAGCUGACAAUGAUCUGUAGCGCCCAAAAAGUCGACCACCACCACAUCUAGGCAGAAAGACUAACGUAUUUUGAAGAAGAUUUAAAUGAAUGGAAGAGUGAAAGAUGACACUAAAUGGUGGAGAGAAGAAAAUUAAAAUCACCGGAUGUGGUUUCUAACUUCAUUACAUUUAUAAAAUUAAACAAAUACACACUAUAUUUUUUCGAUUCUUUAAUUUUAUUUCAAAAUAAUUUUCAAUCAAUUUCACUUAAGCUAUAAAAGGUUUGGCUGUAUGGGCUGUGCCCCCGUUUGUCUGAUAUACAAAUUUUUUUUUUGCUAAUAACAAAUUACAAAAAUUACGAUUAAAUCAUUUAUUUAAAUGCAUUAAAAUAGGUAACGAUUAAAAAGAAAUGCAAAGUUAAAGAACAAAUAGGUUAAGACAAAUAACAAAAAAAUGUACACAGAAGUUGAUGUAUUCGUUAGUAAUUAUACACUGAUCGAUCCUGAAAUAUACCAGUUAUGGAUCGAGGGUUGCUCAUCUAGUGAAGCAGUGUCAACUCUGCAUCAGCGUGGUGCAGCCAAACAUUUAGGAACAUCUGUAGAGCUGAUAGCCAGCGAUGUACUCGAUCAUUACAGAACUUUUGCAUUGCUUGAGAGGCUGCUCACGGUACCAUCAAAGUUGACAGAGCAAAUGAUCUUCCAGCUGGACGAACAGACGAAACACAUGCUCAUAGAGAAAUAUUAUGACCUGGAUGAUGCAGUCAUAAGAGAGUUGCUUGGAAGGAAGUUAUCCUCCAGACACAGAAAAGAUUUAGAUGAGGUGGCGGAACGCUCGGGCGCGCCUCUGCGAUGCUGUCGUCGUCAGUUCGAUAACGUGCGUAGAGUGUUCAAGGCAGUGGAAGAGAUGCCCGGAAACGUGGUCGCCAAUAUAAGAAGCACAUUCUUGCUGUCCGACCCGCUCGCGAAGAAGUACGGGGCGGUGGUGUUCAUAGCCUGCAUGAGGUUCGAGACGGCGAAACGGAAGCUGCAAUAUUUAUCCUUCAACGAUUUCUAUCAUUGCGCCCAGGCCAUAAUGGGCAGCUGGACGUACUGUUGCACCGGACCGGAGUACUACGACACGGAGAUGGACCGCGAGUUCCUGCUCGAGCUGCGCGAGCUGAGGAUCCUGCUGGACAAGGAGAAGGAGCACAAGCAUUUGAUAUGCAUGAAGUUAAAGCCUAAAUUGCUGGAGAAGUCGUAUCAGGAGUUGGAGUUGAACUUCAGGCUGUACACGCGCGCGCUGGUGGGGCUCGCCUGCAACCUCCACCGCGGCCGGGAGCUCCGAUCUCUCUUCAUUGACCUCUUAGAAAGGUGCGUGGAGCCCCUGCGGCUAGGCGGGUGGCCUCGCACGGACCUGGCGCAGUUCCUGUCGGCCUACGAGCAUUGCGCGCUCCAGAUGGACGUACUCAGGGAAGCCGACUUAAAAAACGUCUGGGAACGAUACAUGCGCGUCAUAAGUCAAUGCUUACUGACCAUGUACCAUAUCUAGAAUCGUGUGUUUAAUAUAGAUCAACAUUGUAUCAGUCAUUGUGUAUUCUUUGUAUAGAAAUAAAGUUUUAUUCGUCGUUA